AUGAAAGAAAAAGAGAUACGCCUCAUCUUCAACCACGACCUUGAAACUUCAUAUCAACUCAACCCUUCCGGGCUGAAGUCAGCGACAGCGACAGCGACAGUGACAGCGAUAGCGAUAGCCACAGCAAGCUCUCGUCUUGUUGAUACUAUCGUGGAAAUUACCGCUCAAGUCUCACCUCGUCACCAUCGGCGGUCACUUCAAGAUGAAUGCCGCACCGCUACCACCGCCACCACCGCUACCGUCACCUGCACUGCCAGUCCCUACUCAGUCGUCCCAGUCUCAGUCAAUAAGCAUUUCCAGACAGCCCCAUGGGACGCCAAAGUCACGAGUCGAAGAGGGGGAUCCCCAUUCAGAUUCGGACAGGAUGAAGAAGAGCUUCAAAAUCAUGAGAAAAUUUCGGCCGAGAAUCGCGUGUACUGGACACCAGACCACCGCGCUUGCCUCAUCCAAAUUAGGAAGGCUCGUUGUUUGGACAUGACGAAGUCGGCAGCCGGAAACGCAGAGAGAUCGGCAAUACCACCAGAAAGUUUAAGCACACCAAAUGCUACGAACGACAUCCCGUUCCAGAAGAAGUCGGAGUCGUGGAAACCCUUCAGAUUCACGGAUGAGCAGAAAGCAAGCUUGGAGCAAGAGGCAGAGAAUAGCUUGAACCCAGAUCGAGGAAAUCGGGAUCGGAUUGCUGCGAAUUCAGGCACAACACAUCGUCAAGUAUUGAACUGGUUCGGAAAUACUCGUGCUGCGUAUAGAAAGAAGGUGGGAGAGAAUGGGGAUGGAGCUGAGAUGAAGGACAGAAGAAAUUCAAGGCGGCUAGUAAGAGAUGCGGCCGUCGAGGGAAUUAAAAAGCGGAAGAGGAUUCAUCUGUCUUCCUCGGAAAAGUAUGUCGACUCCGACGACGAUGUCCCCUUCAUUACGCAAUCGAGAGUCAGCAGCCACGUCAGCCCAAUCCUAGGACCAAAUGGAGAGCCCGCUCUUCCAGGCCACCUCUGGAGAAAAGCCGGCAAGCGCGAUCCUUCGCUUCCGCCUCCACGAGUGUCAUUGGCCAAUGCUCCUCACGUUUUUACAGAGAACAGUAUUCUUGAGAAGAUCAAAGAAAAGGAAACUAAACUCUCAAAUCUUCAAGUAAAGAGCGAUGAAAUUUCGAGAAGAUUAGGGUCAACCAAGGCGAAAAGAACCAAGACAGGUCAUGAUCUUGCAGAAGUCGACAAACAGAGGUUGAAAUUGAGUAGCGAGAUGGCAGAGAUGGAGUCGAUGAUUCAGGAGACUACGGCCGAAGAAGCCAGCAUUGACAGUUCAAUCAAGGACCUCGGCGUUGAGAAGAUAAUCCUCGAGGCGGCCCCGAAGCUCUUGGGCGUGUGA